CAAUACCACUAUAAUACGAAGAGAUGAACUGUCCUUGCCAUCGAAGGGCAAAGAAACUGAUUCCUCGACUCACCGCCAACCCCAAUCUAUGGGUCCAAACACAAUAACCGCAAAGACGACGCCAGGCCAAGACCAUCCAACCCCUUCGCGGUCCGAAAUCGAAACCUUCGCGCCAGUCACGCCCAUGCCGCAGAACUCUGAGUCGCUGGAUUCAGAUUCCGUCCCAGCUACGAUCGCCGCCACAGCGCCCGAGAAAGAACAGACGACGCCGGCCGUUACAUGCAGCCCGCAGAAUAUGGAAGGAGGGACGCAAGUUGAAAAACUUAACUCCCAGGCCGAUAUACAAGCCGAACAUGGGUAUGGCAAUCGACAGGAAUCUCCAGAGAGCCAAAAGACACUAUCUUUACCGAUUGCGGAAACAAACCUGGAGCCAAAACCGUCUCUUGACAGCCCAUGCCGAAACUCUGUAUCUGGCAAUGAGCUCUCCACGGGCCCUUUUCCACAGCCAUACCACGGGCGUGUGGUGUUACCACAAAACACCCUACCACAGCAGCAGUCUAUCGCGAAUUAUACGAUGAUACCGGAUGUUUACGGACCUCAGAGUUCCAUGGUUUACAAUAUGCCUAUUCAGUUGCUUGCAGGUUCCAUGCAGGCGGGCCAAACACUUCCAUCUUUCACAGGACAAAUGCCUACUGGUCCAAUGGUUAUGAGUGGCCAUAUCGAACAAAGUGGAGUCGAUUUUCGAUUGGUUAAUCCCUAUCAUUCCCAUGUGGCUCCCUCAGCUGGUCUGAUGAAUGCGAAUGCAUCGGUUCCGUCAACUUUCCUUACCGCGGCUCAAUUGCCCUCCAUGGCUCAGGGGUCGACUUUUCACACUGCGCUGCCAAGUGUCUCUGGGCCUCCGGCACAGCACCCCGGUGGGCCGGCUUACGUAUCAAACCUGACAGGAUCGGAAGGCCUGUGGGAGACAGGGGCCACCGGGCCGCUAGGUGGAUACAUAGUACCUAGCGAUAUGUGUUAAGGCGUAUUUAUAAUCAACUUCGCACCAAGAUUCUGGCGCCACCAGGUCGUCAUAAUAAGACUGCCAAUUGUGUAUGCUUCGUUUUUACCUCUGUUUAACGCUUGUUCCGUGCUUUUUCUCUUUAAUACUCGUGUCAAAGCGACGCGACGAGAAUGCGUUCUUCCACCGAUAGGGCAAGAUAUACUGAAAUCGAACGAAGCCAUCCGUGUCAGGCGGUGCUUCAGAUCAGACCUCUCUCUGCUCCCAGUAGCUCCCAGUGCUUCAAACGCAGAAGCCUGUCGGGUGAAGUUUCCGACCCAUCGGAUAAAUACCGGGUGAGAUGAGAGGGCAGUUAAGAUACGC